AUGACGCAGCAAAGGUUCAAAGCAUUGGAACAUCAGUUGGCAUCAUAUGCUACUAUGACAGCACGUUUGGAGCAAGCAUUACAUGCUGCAAGUCAGCAAAAUGCAGGUUUGGAUGCAGAUAAUUCUGGUUGCAAUGGAUUAACGCUUACGGAAGCGCAACAUAUGGUGACUGCAACAGGAAAUGAUGUCAUAAGGAAUAUGCACCUACUAAAUCAGUUUCAGCAACAAAAUACUGUAUCCCAAGUCCCUACAUUUCAUACGCAAUUCCAGGAAGGACCAGCUAUGAUACCACCGAUCAUUGGGCAAAAGAAUGUUCCCCGAAUUGAACAGGGUGCACAAGGAAAUCAAGGGAUUUUCCCACAAGAGCACAGGCUAAUGGUCGUCCCUAUGGAAACCCACCCCCCCGGUUGCAAAUCUCAACCGACAACAUGGACAGCAACCAAGGCCUCUUGGUCAAAGGGGUGGAGUUAUCGGGUAGAUCUUGGAAAUGAGUUUCGUCAAGAACAGGAUGCAACAAUAUAUGCCAAUCAGAAUGAAGCCAGAGAUCACCGUUUGUUUGUAUGGCAACACAUUGGUCCACCUGCUUCGCAAAGGACUGCUACAUCAAGAGUGGUGAAGACGCCGACGGUCAAUGAUGAAAGUUGGCACCAUGUCGUACAUCCGAAAUUCCCUAGUCAAACACCAACAGGGCCAAAGAUGACUAGAACUCAGAAACGUCGUUGGCAACGAGUACUGAAUAAGAGAAGUAGAGAAAACAGUGAAAAGGAAGAUAAAUCUGUUGCACCGAUGGGGAAUACUAAGGAAGAUAUGUCAUUAGUUGUUUUUGCAGGUGCCAUCAUCUUUGAGAGUUAUGGUUCCAGAAAAGCUCAAAGGUCAUCUUACUAUGCAAGAAGCGGCUUCAUUUAUAACGGAACCAUAUGA